AUGUCCGCCGCGGAGCGCAACUAUCCCAACCCACCAGACGACAAGCCUGGCUGGCUUGCUAUGGCGCAGGCUGUAUUUAACACUCAGGCAGCUCGCUGGGACACAAAAACCUGUUCCGGAGGGUUGAAAUGGCAGAUCUUCACUUUCAACAACGGAUACGAUUAUAAGAACACCAUCUCCAACGGAUGUUUCUUCAAUCUGGCAGCGCGUCUGGCCAAAUACACCGGCAAUCAAACAUAUGCCGACUGGGCGGACCACAUCUGGGACUGGACUAAGAGCGUCGGUUUCAUGACGGACGAGUAUCAAUUCUGGGACGGGGCCGAUGAUCGACAAGACUGUUCGGAAUUCAACCGCAUUGAGUGGACGUAUAACUCGGGGGUGUAUCUCCUAGGCGCAGCGACAAUGUUUAAUUAUACCGAAGGCAAUCCUGUCUGGGAAGAACGGACCCGGAAUAUCUUGAACGCUACAACGGCCGCCUUCUUUACCGAUUCGGUAAUGUACGAACGCGCCUGCGAACCGGUCGACACUUGCCAGGUCGACCAGCGUGGUUUCAAAGGAUACACAGCACGCUGGAUGGCCUCUUCGACCCAAAUGGCACCCUUUACAUAUGAUCUUAUCAUGCCUCUACUGCGCGCAUCCGCUGAAGCAGCUGCGGAAACCUGCACGGGCGGAGAUGACGGUCUAGCUUGUGGGCAGAAGUGGGUGACCAGGAAAUGGGAGGGUGAGGAAGAUGUUGGACUGCAAAUGGCAGCGCUCGAAGUCAUCCAGUCAAAUCUGAUCACUCGUGUUGAUCCCCCGGUGACCAACGAGCACGGAGGAACAAGUAAAGGCAACCCCGGUGGCGGGUCGCCGCCACCAGAACCGAGGCCUUCUAGUCUGACGAUGAGUAUCACGACGAAGGACAGAGCCGGGGCCGGCGUACUGACGGGGGCGGUGGCUUUAAUAGUGAUUGGCUCUACAGGGUGGCUUAUCUGGGAUUAA